AUGCAUUCAACACCUUCUACACCUACGAGGUCAGCGACUCCUACUCGGCCCACUCGCUCCACAACUACUUCGACUGUUGCUGCAAAUGCCAAUAUACCCUUCGGAAACUCACCUUCUAGACGACAAUUAAAAGAAGCAACAGAAGCGAAUCGAUACAUCAACUAUGAUCCCGAAAAAGAACCCAUCAAGGUCUGGUAUUUUGCGAAAGUGUCUUCAUGUUUGAUAUUCAUCCCUGAUUCACAGGCCUACUUGAGGAUUAAACCAAAUACAGACAGUCAAAUGAUGGUAGAGGAUCCUUACAUACAAGUGAUGGAUCAAGUAGAGGUCUCCAUGACACCACCAGAGAAUUCAAAUGCUUAUAGAACAAGACACAGAGCCUCUGAAAAGUACAGAUUCACUCGAGUCUUCAGUGAAGACACAGACCAGCAAACAUUUUACAACCAAACAACAUUAGAUCUAGUUAAAGGCGCAUUGCAAGGAGAGAAUACCCUAAUCUUUGCAUACGGAGUGACGAAUUCUGGAAAAACAUACACUGUCAUGGGUAAGCCAUCGCAAAACGAGCAUGCUGGAUUACUACCGCGAGCCAUGAAUACGAUAUUCAGUAGCAUCAAAGGCAAUCAGAGCGAAACAAAGAUCAAACCUGUGAUGCACAGUCUAGUGCAGACAUAUGAAACGCCCACUGACGAGAACAGACAUAUUUUGUCGACAUGCAAUGUACAGGAUGAUGUGCUAUUGACAGGAGAGGAUAGUAAAGUGGACAUUGAUACAAACUACGAAUACGGAAUAUGGGUGUCAUUUAACGAAAUCUACAACGAACAAGUCUUUGAUUUGCUGAAUACGACAAAAUCUGCAGCAACAGCAACAAUAGCAAGACAAAAGCGACCUCAAUUACAGCUAAAAUACGAACAAAAAACUGGCAACAAAUAUGUGGCAGAUACAACAAUGGUCAAAGUCAGAUCAACGGCAGAGGUGGAUGCGGUCAUGCGAUUAGGGCUACAAAAUCGACAAGUGUUUUCAACAUUGAUGAAUCAGGCGAGUAGUCGCAGCCAUAGUAUAUUUACGGUUUAUAUCGUGCGAUGUCCAGUUGACAAGAACAACUUUGUGAUUGAGGAUCCCAACUAUGCUUCAUUAUCGAAACUAUCUGUGGUGGAUCUGGCUGGAUCUGAGAGAUAUCGAAACACCAAUAGUACAGGGCAGCGACUGAAAGAGGCAGGCAAUAUCAAUAAAUCGCUAAUGGUGCUGGGGCAAUGUAUGGAAGUGUUACGUCUGAAUCAGAUCAAACAAGACAUGGGAAAGAGCCCUACUAUGGUACCUUUCAGGCACAGCAAAUUGACUGAAUUAUUCAAAGGUACAUUUGAAGGAGAAGGAAAGGCAGCAAUUAUUGUCAACGUAAAUCCUUAUGAUACUGGAUACGAUGAAAACAACCAUGUCAUGAAGUUUGCAGCCGUCGCCAAAGAUGUUACAACGCUGAGACAAACACAACCAAAGCUCGAUCUACAGAAUGUACAGAUAAACGCAAAACGAUUAAGAACUGGCUUCCAACUGCUGGAGGAGGAAACAAGCGAAGAAGAGGACGAUGUCGAGAAUGAUCAGUGUUGGGAGAAUGCUGAGGCUAGAGCAGCGACCAUUGAAUCCACAGUAAAAGAACAAGCCGCAAGGGAACUGGAAAAGAUGGAGAGCAUGUAUCUGUUAGCACUGCAACGAGAAAAUGAAAUGAUGGAUAUACAGCUGAAAAAUAAGGAGUACUCAGACAUGGAUUUGUUGAGCAAGCUACAGGAACGACAGACAUCAGUAUUGGAAGAAGUGGCCGAUUUAAAAUUGAAAUUUGAGGAAUACGAUAGCACAAAGAACGAUUUAUUAGCCAAAAUAGCUAAAUUAGAGAAAGAGAAUCGGAAAGAACGAGAUCAUUCGGCCCACCUGCAACAGCAACUUGAUCAGCAAAAGCAAGAGCUUGCUGAUGAAGACGAGGAUGACGAUGAUGUCGAUGAUCGCAGCAUGAUGAAAGAAAAUGACGAUCCCAAGGACAAAGAUACCUUCACUUCAUUCCUAAAUCUACGCAGACAAUUACGAAAGAGCAUCUUUAAAAAGGAAGAGCUUUGCAGAGAUGCCGAUAUCAUUAUGAGCCAAGUAGAACAGUUUGAUGGCGUAACAUUCAAGCUAGCCAAAGAGACAAGUAUGGGCAGAUUGCUGAAAUCCAUUGCGCUGGAGGAAUUUGAAAAGGAUCCCUUCCAGAUAAAGAAUCGCGCCAUGCGGUUACUCCAACGAUAUGCACAGCUACCAAAGUCAGUGAAUGAUAUCCCGCCAAAAGACGCAUUCUCAAACAUGGCAUUGGAGGACUCAUCUACGGAUAUUCAAGAUUUAAGAGCCGAGAAUGCAAAGCUGAAGCAGAGGAUCAAGCAUUUGAAUAACAGCCAAAAGAGACUGAAGAAAGCAUUUGAAAAGACAAGCAUCACAAUCACAGCCUCUGCAUCGACCAUGGGACAAGAUGAGAUGUCAAUAAUUGAAGAUGAUAGUGAUGUUGUCAAUGACGCUACCAACUCCAACGACCAGCACCAACAUCUGGUAGCCGCCAAUGAGGAUUUUUCCUCCUUGAAAAGACAAAUAACCGACGAUAGUCCUUUUGAUACAGAAAGUGUUGAGGAUGACUAUGAGAGUGAUUUAACAGAAAAACUGGGUCAAGUGAGACGACAGAAACGCAGAAGAAAGCUGCGUGCACGUUAG